ACAACGGAACACUUGCCUGUUUUGUCUGUGGUGUUGGGUAGGAAUUGUUUAGGUGUAACACCCACGGCACCUGGUGUGGAUAUUUGGGUAUUUUAUUUCGAGAAUGGCAGUGACGUUGCACUCAGAUUUGGGAGAUAUUAAAAUCGAACUUUUCUGUGAACGAACGCCAAAAGCAUGUGAGAAUUUUCUAGCACUCUGUGCCAGUGGAUUCUACAAUGGCUGCAUUUUCCACCGGAACAUCAAAGGGUUUAUGGUACAGACAGGCGACCCCACAGGUACAGGGAAAGGUGGAACCAGCAUUUGGGGACGGAAAUUUGAAGAUGAAUAUAGUGAACAUCUUAAGCAUAAUGUCAGAGGAGUGGUGUCCAUGGCAAACAACGGCCCAAAUACCAACGCUUCACAGUUUUUCAUCACAUAUGGCAAACAGCCUCAUCUUGAUAUGAAAUACACAAUAUUUGGAAAGGUGAUAGAUGGAUUGGAAACGUUAGAUGAGUUGGAGAAGCUUCCGGUCAACGAAAAGACAUUCCGCCCAUUGAAUGAAGUUCGCAUUAAGGAUGUUACUAUGCAUGCUAACCCAUUCGCAGCCUAGCGUCUUCCAGUGGCUGCUUUAGAAACUGCUGUGCAAUGCUUUUACUGUCAAGGAAACAUCUACGAUAAAUGGGGAGAAAAACACCAGGGAAUGCUGUUUAUUAAGGUUGUACCACUCUUUACAAAGGAUCCUUUCCGGAAGAGAGAAUGUAUUUUAUAUGUACAGUAUCUCACAGUGUUCAAUGUGAACCAGUACAACAAGGAACAUGUUGGUUUAAAUGUAUUUAAUUCUGUCCCCAGCUCCAGCCUGUUACAUGGCCACGUGGUAGAAAAUUAGUUAACUGGAGGAUUAAAAUGCCUCUGCAUCCUAAAGUAUCAAAUAGAAAUGAGCUAUUCAAGCAAUGGAUGUUCAAAAUAGAAGACAGCAUUAAGUUAUAGGGUCUUUAAGUGCAUGUCCCAGCUAAUACCAUCGUCACUCCCUGUACAAUAUCAAAAAACAUGUAUUGCUUGUUAAACCCAAGUUGAACCAAGAGAGCUUUGGGUCAUUUCAUUCAGACUAGGCGAAGCUGACUGUCUGUACAGUAUGAAGCAUCUCACUUGCUUAACUGUGUAAUGUAUUUUUUAUUGCAGCUUUUGAUAACCUCAAUACAAAUGUUGUUUACUUGUAUCUGAUAAAAAUGAAAUUUCCAGGUUUUGUUUUAAAUAAACUUUUUUUUAAUGCUGAGUAAA